AUGAAAUCCGUGCUUCGUGUAGCCUCUGUGAUUGCGGCGCUUGCACUUGCGCAGCUGUCUGUGCUGGCAGAAACAUUUGAACCGACCCAUGUAGAUGGUUACUUUGUCGAGCAGUUCAAUCCGGGCUGGGACCAGCGCUGGUCUGUGUCGCGCUCCAGCAAGUUGCAGCGCGGCGAGGAGGAGUUCAAGUACGACGGUAAAUGGGCUGUCGAGGAGCCGUCCGUGUUCCCUGGUAUCAAGGGAGACACGGGCCUUGUUCUUAAGAGUAAGGCUAAGCAGCACGCGAUCAGCGCCAAGUUUGACGAGCCGAUCGUGAGCACGGGCAACGAGCACCUUAUCAUCCAGUACGAGGUGAAGCUGCAAAAAGGCCUUUCGUGCGGUGGUGCCUACAUCAAGCUCAUCAGCGGCGAGAAUGGAGACUUUGACCCGGACCAGUUCUCUGACAAGACGCCCUAUUCGAUCAUGUUUGGCCCCGACAAGUGCGGUGCUGCGAACAACAAGGUCCACUUCAUCUUCCGCCACCAAAACCCCGUAUCGAAGAAGUAUGAGGAGAAGCACAUGAUGCUUCCGGCCUACCCCCCCAUGUCGAAGACUACUACGCUGUACACCCUCAUUGUGGACCGCAACACGAGCUGGACGAUCGAGAUCAACGAGCAGCUCCGUGCAAGCGGCGACCUCUUCAACAACUUUGAGCCGCCUUUUAUUCCUCCCACCGAAAUCGACGACCCUACCGACGUGAAGCCCCAGGACUGGGUCGAUGAGGCCCAGAUUGUGGACGAGUCUGCGACAAAGCCUGACGAUUGGGACGAGAAUGCGCCGACGAUGAUCCCCGAUCCAACCGCGACCAAGCCUAUGGACUGGUACGAGGAGGAGAAAGUGCUCAUUCCUGACCCGAGCGCUUCCAAGCCGGAAGAAUGGGACGACGAGGAGGACGGCGCGUGGAUUGCGCCGAGCAUUCCGAACCCCAAGUGUGAGGACGCCGCUGGGUGUGGUCCAUGGUCUGCGCCGCUGGUCCAAAACCCCGAGUAUAAAGGCAAGUGGAGCAAGCCAUUGAUUCCUAACCCCGCGUACAAAGGCGAAUGGUCUGCACGCAAGAUCCCGAACCCCAACUACUUUGAGGGUGGCAAGCCGAACCAGUUCUUGCCGAUUGUUGGCGCCGGCUUCGAGCUCUGGACGAUGGACGAGGACAUUCUAUUCGACAACAUUUACAUUGGAAACUCGCUCGCGGAGGCGCGCAAGCUGGCCAAGGAGACGUUUCAUGUGAAGCGCCCGAUCGAGCUCGAUGCCGAGACGCGCGAUGUAGACUCGACCGAGGCGGAGGCAGGCAGGAGUGCGCUGCCCAACAUUGCCCAUCGCAUUGCGCGCCAGGUGCGCACCAAGACGAUGCGCUUUGUCGAGCGUAUCGGCAGUGAGGAGGACAAGAUUGCCGUUCUGCGUGGAUCGUACGACAUUGUAGGGUUCUGGGCGGCUGCGGUUGCUGUCGCGCUUGGCCUGCUUGGGCUGAUCGGUGCUCUGUUGGGUGGUAAGAAGGAUGUACGUGUGAAGCGCGAGCCUGCUUCCAAGGCAUCGCCCGACGCGGCCACCGGAACGCCCGACGCUGCCGUCGCCAGCGGUGUGCACACCGCACAGGCAACGAAGCGCAAUGUUACCGCGAAGUAG